CUCACUGCCUGCAGGACUGAUGGUCCAAUCCACAUCGGCCCACUCCAGCGUGGCUGCUUUAAGAGGUGAGGGAUGUAGCUGCUGGACGUGCAGAGACUGUUUUAAACACACAGAGAAAGAGACUUCAGGUGAUCUGAACGCUCUGCAGAGACAUUAAGAGCUCCAUCCCGUCUACAGUUUCAUCUUCUGUUGUGAUUCAGCUCUUCUCGUGUCUUGACAGUUCAGAUGGAUCGAUCCGCUCAGGAGCUGUUCCUCAACUUUAUGGUUGUGUUGAUAACAGUUUUGCUCAUGUGGUUUCUGGUCAAACAAUACCAGGACUCAUGAAGAGUUUAUAUCUCAUCUUCAUCAUCAUCAGAGGAGGAGGAAAGACAGCUGUGAUGCUCCACUCCACUAGAGGACGAUGUUUCUUCAAACAGAGGGAAGAUUUCUGCCAGACAGGAUGGGACUUCAAGUGAUGUCAGCAGUCAUCACUUUGUCCUUUUGAUAGUCUGGAUGUUUUGUUUGAAAAACACACUGCAAAUCAUAUUUCAAUCACUCAAACUGACACGUAGCCAAAAGAGUAACAGCAAUCUAUCGAUUUAGGACAUUUUAUUUGUGUACAGUCAAUAAAGAACUCUUUGGCAAUGCAGUUCUGUGUAUGUGUGUGUGUGACAGCAUGCAUUCAUUCUAGAUUCAAACAUGAUCAACUACAUCAUAUAAACUAAAGUAACACUUUUAAACAUGUUGAAGGAAAUGGUGAAUGUAAAUUCUACAACAAAAUCACAGCUCACCCUAAAAAAAAAAAAAUCACAGAGUAGCAUAACAUUUGGAACUUUUGCUGAAUACAUGUAAUAGUGUUUUUUAAAAUGCCAAAACAUAGUGUAACUCUGUUAUGCAGUAAUGAAAACAGCCUUUAACACAUUAGGUGUGACAGUGACAGUCUAUGAGCAGAAAAGUGUUUAGAAGUAAAUGAUAUAAAUUAAAACAGGUUAUGCAGUUAAUUUGUAAAUGACUUCCAUUACAUGUAUUAAAUGUUAUCUAUUAUAGCUUCAACAAAUGCUCUCUAAUAUUGCACUUUAACUGAAUGUCUCAUACUUAAGAAUCAUCUAUCGAUUAAUAUUGAUUUUCUCUAUGCAUGAGUUCUCUUUUUAAAGUUGUUAGAUAAAGCAGAAUAUUCAGUGCAUAAGAACCUUACAGAAAGUUAAUCAGCAGUAAAAACAGAAAGGUAACCAAACGUAAAGGAAUAGUUCACCCAGAAAUGAAAAUUCUGUCAUUAUUUACUCACCCUCAUGUCGUUCCAAACAUGCAUGCUGUUUUUCUGUGGAAUAGAAACAGAUAAAAACAUAAAAGCAUGUUGUCUUAGAAUGACAUGAGGGUGAAAUUUCAUUUUUAGGCAAACAUUUCCUUUAAACAACAAAUGUAUAUAUUGUGUUCAACAGCAGUCAAACCACUGAAGAAGAAAACCAAAUAAGACAAUUAACAGACAUUUUAAUUUUCAGCUUUUUCUCCGCUGACGUGCACAA